GCAAACAGCUGAUCGUGACGUCACUCGUCAACAUGGCGGACUGGAAUAGAGGUAUUUCUGUUUGACACGUAUUCACCUGGAAAUGUUCCGCUUUAAACCGUCUUUAACAGAAUAAAUCCGGUGUUUUAUUGAUGUUAAGGUAUUCAGGGCAGAAGGGUUGGAUCAUAUCAGUAUGUCGUUCAGUGUUCUGCGCAGUCGCGUCUCUUAAAGACGAACGUAAAGUGAUGCUAGCAGGCUAAAAGCUAGCAGCUGUGUUGUGAAGUAACUGUAACAUUAACGUGAAAUUAAUGCGGUAACUUUAGUUCAUCCCCGGCUGAUAGUGCAGAUGUAAGCCGUAUUUACCUUCACGUUGUGGACAUACACCACCGUUUAAAUUCAGUUUAGGAGGUUAACUCUUGUGUUUGACAGGAACUAAAGUUGGCUUGGUCGUUAUACAGUAAUAUGCUCAUUAAAAACAUAUUUCCGUUUAUCGCACUUUUGUGUAUUUCCCUCACUAUAAUAAAGUUUCAUAAAUCUGAUGGAGUGACCUAAAAAGUCUACAGACUCUCUUACAUGGUGUUGUAAAGAGUCAGGGUCCCCUCUUUUAAAUCCAGUCCAGAUCCAGCCCAUUUAUGUUCUGUGUUUCUGGAUCACGACCUGGAUCGCAUCAUGUAGUAUAAUGGUGAAAUCGCCCAUUACUGUGUUUACACAAAUCUAGAAUAGUGUAACGAUAAGUCUAUACCUUGACAUACUACAGUACUGUCUUUACACGGUAGGCUUGGUAGGCACGGUGUUUGUCUGAAUUUUCGCUGAUAUUCUCGUGAAUCUCGAAUAACAUUAAGGAAACAAAUGAAGACGUUACAGGGGAGUGUUUGAUUUUAUUGCCUUAACCCAAGGUUUACUGUAGGUUACUACACCACAGCACACAAACCACGGACAGGUACUACAUUACACCAAUACACCUGAAGUUUUUUUCUACUUUUUCUGUUGCUGCUCAAACUGUACAUGAACAAUUCAGAAUCAGACACUCAUUUUUCCGACUUUUCCAGCGGAACUUGAAUGCAGCGAGCAAACUGCGCUACCGCCCGGUCUCCGUUAGCUUAAAUGUUAUCGCUAGUUUACCGGGUAUGCCUUAUUUUAAAUUUUAAUUCAUAAAUCGAGCGUUGUAUGUAUUUGUAGUUGUGAUUUUUAAGUAUCGGUCAGAAAACGUUUUUAUCGGCCACAUUAGUUUUUUCUACACUUGUAAAUCAUCUGUUAGAUAACCGUUUCUGACCGUUAGCUCAGGUAGCGCAGCUAGUUUAGCGGUCCGUUUCUGUCCACUUCGGCCUUGUGUUUCAGUUAGAAGAUAUUUUUUGUUACUGUUAUCCAGAGAUUCAGUGGAAAUCAAAAAUCCCGAAAAAGUUGAAUAAUUGCAGUAGUUUGAAAAUGUACCGCUCGGCGCAGACCGGGAAACCCUGGACCGCCUAACGGGCAGUUUAACGGCGGUUAGCGUUUAACGGCACAAAUGACGUAAUCGAAACUAAACUUCAAUUUUUUAAAAAUAAAAUAAAAUAAAAAUACUAAUGAUAACAAUAAAAAUACCGUAAUUUGUAUGAUAUGGUCUCUUAUAUUUUGUCACUAUCUACUUUUUGUUUGUUUUACUCAUCAAGAAAUAUCUAACCCAUAGACAUCAUAUACAGUCUGUGGUCUAACCUCGGCUGAUUCAUAUCGAACUAAAUCAAAAACGUAGUUCAUUGAGUUCUGUAGUUUGAUUAAAUAAAACCUCAAAACAUUCUCAGUUAAUCAGUUUGACUUGCAAAAUCUACGGCAUGUACCCUACCAGUGUAUUCAUAAAGCUGUAUGACAAAGAUAACAGUUUCUGUUUUUAAGAGAUUAUUAGGAAAUGUAUGGGGUAGUCUAUUUGUAAAAUAAACUAAUGCAUGUGCAAAAUGUGUGCUCACACUGCUGUUAGCUCAAUAGGUAAUGAUAGCCAAUCCAAAUACUCAUUUUGCAUUAAUAUAAAUAUCUAACCGCAGAGUUUACUUAAGACUUACUGUCACUUUAGUCACCAUAUCGCUUGUCUUUCGUUAUUUUCUCGCCUCUCUGCUUUUAUGCCUGCGCUGGCCUAUGACAAUGUUUAGUAUGCUCACCCUCUCUCAGAGCUGACAUGCUUUAGACGCUGCACACUGCACAGAGGUUUAUCAUAAGUUUGACAGCCCUCACUCAUCACUAUUUUUUUUAAGAGCAUGUUAGUCUGUCUCCUCCGCAGAUAAAUUCAGACAUCAUCAUCUUAUUUGAGUCUGGAUGAACUGCUCUCUUUUGGGUAAUUUCCAAAUGAUGCUGAACGAGUUGAAGGUCGAUACACCUGACUGUGGAUGUUUUUCAUGGUCAACUUGUGAUUUGGUUGAUCUGGGGAAAAAAAAUGCUAUUUUAGACAUUUCUUUUGUAUUGUGUUUAUGGAUCUUCAUCUUUUGUCAGAAACUUUGUAGCCUUCCUGUCUUGGCCAGGGCAGUCUUGAAGAAGAGUUUUUAACCUUGAUUAAUUUCUUUCGUCACUUCAAUAAAAGUUUAGGAAAACAUGAAUAAAAAUAAAAUAAAAUGUUAUCAAAAUCUUCAUCUCCUGUCUGAUGUGUGUGUGUUUCCAGGACAUGACUCUGUGGAUGACAUGCUUGAUGCUGAAAACAAGCGGAUAGCUGAGAACUUGGCCUCCAAAGUCUCCCGACUGAAAUCUGUGAGUCAUUAACAUCAACUGCCUCUUCCUUCAUUUUUAUUUUUCCUGACAAAGUUUUUAGUCAGAGGGAGUUUUAUAAACUUGUAGAGGCAGGGAUGUGUUUUCCUACUUGUCAUCAGGGUAAUGGGUGUGUGUGUGGGGAUGGAGUUUUGUGAGUGUGUGUGUGGGUGGGUGUGUCACGGGGGCUGACUGAUUGUCUAAUGAAUGUCACCUGUGCCUGCUUGUGAAUUUGUUUGCUUGGUUCAGAGAGAGAGGAGGCCGGGUGCUGAUAUUUCUGUUGACCGCUAAAGCUUUUUACCAUCAUAUAGUCAAAAUCUGCGAAUACAUCUACAUCAAAUGCAUGUUUGAAAGUUUGAUUUAUUGAAAGGGUAAAAAAAUACCCUCGAGCUACUUCAUGUUUCCUUCUUAGAUUCAGCACGUCAGACAGAUCCCUGUACUACCCUUUCAGCGACUAAUUUAGUUUUGAUAGUCACAAUACAAAACUGUUAACUUGUACUCAUCCUUCUCGUCUUUGAAUCCGACAGCUUGCCUUUGACAUCGACAGAGAGGCGGAUGAUCAGAAUGAGUAUCUGGAUGGCAUGGUGAGUCCUUUAUUCUGGUGUUUGUUUGAUGUAGAACUUUUUUGGAAAAAUCUAAAAGCUACUCAUAUUUAUUUAUUUUCGUAGAAGUCAGUCCUGUAAUAUUUUAUACAUGUGAUUAUUUUAUCCUGUGAUUCUGAUGUAAAGAAAACUGUCGCGCUUCGGUCAAAGUACUCCAGUUACAUUUUCCUCCCUCUUCUCUGUUUCCUCUCAGGACUCGAACUUCUUAAGUGCGACGGGCCUGCUGACCGGCAGCGUGAAGCGUUUCUCCACCAUGGUACGAUCCAGCAGGGACAACCGCCGCAUCCUCUGCUAUGUCUCUGUGGGCGUGGUCCUGGUCUUCUUCCUGCUUUAUUACAUUGUCUCCAGGAUUCAGCGCUGACAGGGAGACCUUAGGAGCCACAAGCUGAUCCUGAUCCAAAGCGGAGACUGUAGACUCUGAGAUCAUAAUCAUGUCUGGUCAUGAUUUUCCUGCAUAAGGAAAGGACUCUUUUAUUCUGUACCAAAGCGAGACUGCAAAGAGACUAAAAACAUUUAGUGGAGUCCUUGACGAGGAGAUAUCUGAGAUCUGAAGAAGGAUACAGUCAUGAGUGUGUCUUACCAAAGAUGCUUGUGUCUGUGGAAAAAAAUGCUUGGGGAUUUAAGGCCUUCCCUUUGGCACCACCUUGAUCCUGUUGUCACUGCUGCUGCCAGGAUAUAAUGUGCAAAGAGGCUGGAACCUAAAUGCUAUUUGGGUUGGAGUGGCACCAAUCACAGCUGAGUUUUACGGCUCAUGAACUCGCAAACCAGGAAAAACAUGCUCCCGUAAAGCUAGUUGAAAACAGCAAGAUAAAUGCAGUUUAUGUGAAUCAGAUUAAAAUUCAGUAAGAAUUCCAUCGACACAUUUUAGUCUAGUCAAAUGAGAUUCCCUGAUAUCUUUCCCAUUUCUUACAAUGCAACAACCAGCGACAUCAACCAAAGCAUGACAAGAAAGCUGUGUCUCCAGAACAGUUACUGAUGCCUCCAUUGCUUCCACAGCAGCACACUUAUGUCUUGACAUAAAACUCCAAACUGUUUACAUGUAGAUAACACUGUAGACUGUCUGUAUCAAAGUCUAGUCGGGUCAACAAAUUCGAGUUGGCUGCAGUCUGGACAAAACCAGAUUUAAGAGCCCAGUGUUUCCUUUAAAUGUUUAACAAUAGAUAAUGACAUUUGUUCUAAUUAUAAGUCAGAGACAUUUUAUUUUGUUUAACUGUUUUCUUUAUAAGAAGGUUUACAGAGUCCUUUCUGUAAGUGUUCACAUUCCAACUGUCUAAACUGGUUAAAGAUCGGAUACAAUAUAAUUUUCUUAAUCAAAAAAUGACUAUGAGAAAGUAAAGUUUAAUUUUUGAGUUAAAUGAAAAUAAAGUAUGCUUCAAAAAACAA